AUGGGAAACCAAACCUUAGUGUAUGAAUUUAAUCUUUCUGGAUUCACAAACCACUUCCAGACUCAGUAUCUUGUUUUUGUAAUUUUCCUUCUUAUCUACCUGAUGACCAUCAGCACAAACCUUCUCAUCCUUUUCCUGGCAUUCAUUGACUCUCAGCUUCAUACACCCAUGUACUUCUUCCUCGGGAACCUGGCGUUUAUAGACAUGUCUUACUCCUCUGUGACCGCACCAAGGAUGCUCUGUGAUGUCUUCACUACAAACAGAACAAUAUCUCUCCCUGCUUGUAUAACUCAAGUCUUCUUCUUUAUUUAUUUUGCUAGCUCUGAAAUAUUUCUGUUGGCCACAAUGUCCUAUGAUAGAUAUGUUGCCAUCUGCCACCCUCUGCAUUACAUUCAAAUCAUGUCCUGGAAAGCCUGUUUAAAGUUUGUAUCUGCAAUUUGGAUACUUGGUCUACUUUAUUCUUUGUUGCACACACUUUGCUCUUUGCGGCUGACCUUCUGUGGUCCAAGCAUAAUCCAUAAUUUCUUUUGUGACCUCCCACACUUAUUUUUACUGUCUUGCACAGACACAUUGCUCAAUGUUGUGGUUAAAUUUAUAGCAGCAGGAAUUCUAGGAAUUGUGACUUUAGCUAUUACAUUUGUUCCGUAUGCCCAGAUUUUCAGCACUGUCCUCAGAAUCAGAACCAAAGGAGGAAAACUUAAAGCUUUCUCCACCUGCACAUCUCAUCUCACUGUGGUGUCUAUAUUUUAUGGUUCUAUGGUCUUAAUUUACUUUACUCCCGCAACAAAUUAUCAGUUAAAGGUAAACAUGCUAGCUAAUGUGAUUUAUGCUAUAAUUAAUCCAUUUCUAAAUCCACUCAUUUAUAGCUUGAGAAACAAAGAUCUUAAAGAGGCUCUCAGAAGAGUUUUUAUUAACAUAAAUGCUUAA